GCGCCGGCCCGCGAGCAGGGCGCGCCCGGCUCCGCGAGGGGGCCUCCUGCGCAGCAGGCCGCGCAGGGCCUGCCGCAGCAGGGCGGCGCGCCCGCCCGCAGUGAGGGCGCUGCCCGCGGCGGGCUCGAGGAGGCGCCCUCGGCGGAGCGGGCCGCCGGGGUGCCGGAGGAGUUCUGCAGGGUGGAGGCGCCGGCGCAGCAGGCCGCUCCCGCGACGAGCGGUACCGAAGUCGUCGGGCACGUGCGUCGUGACGUCGCGAUGAGGCCGCUGGAGUCGGCCAGUGACGGCAGCUUGGAGGUUGCCGCCGGCGCCUCUCUCGAGGCCGCAGUGGCAGCGACGGCCGAUGCCGGGGAAGCCUCGCCGAGUGCGCCGAGGGGCCUCGGCAGGAGCGGCACUGGCGGCCCUGCCCUGCAGACCUCGCCGCGCCCGAGCGGACACCCCGAUGCCGCCGCCUCCUCUGAGGAUGCUGCCCGCACCGCGCAGGCUGGCCCCGACGCUGGCGCUGCCGCCGAGGGCACCCUGCCCGCGGAGGCUGCGGCUGCGGGCCCACUGGCCCCGGGCGGCAGCCCCCACGCCGCUCCUCCGCCCGAUGGUGCCCGCGCUGCGCAGGCCGCCCACGACGGUGCUGGCGCCGCCGAGGUCAGCGUGCCCGCCCCGGUGGCCUCGUCGGCCCCGCCCGGCAGCUCCCAUGACGCUGCUCUGCCCGACGGCGCCCUCGCCGCGCAGGCCGUCCUCGACGCUGGCGGCGCCGCAGAGGUCAGCGUGCUCCCGCUGGUGGCCUCGCCUGUCGUGGGCGGGAGCUCCCGUGACGCUGCUCUGCCUGGAGGUUCUCUUGCCACGCGGGCCGCCCUGGACGAUGGCGGCGCAGCAGAGGCCGCCGCGCCCGCGGCUGGCGUGGGAGAUCAGUUGCCGCCCCCGAGCGGUCGCUCGAGCGGUGAUGGUGCUUCGACGAUUAUCGCCUGCGCGACCGAGGACUUCGACGACCGCGACAGGACCGCGGCCGCCGUGGUGGAGGCGGCCGCGGAGGCCGCCACCGCGGCCGUCCAUGUGGGGGCCCUGUGCGGCACCCCUGCGGCAGACGCGCCUGGCGAUGGGGCUUCUGAUCCCAGCUCGUUGACCGACAGCCCAUCCGGCAUGGGGCCUCCGGCUCCAUCCGGCAAGGUUGAUCCCAUGCAGAGGGAUCCAGGGCAGAUGCCCGCUGCCACCGAGGCGGGCCUCAGCACCGCUAUCCCGGAGUCGGGCCCUGUGCAGUCGGCGCUCGCGCGCGAGGCGGAGUCCCAGGCCGGCGGAGACUCCCUGGCCGAGGCCCCAGGCGCCCCUCUGGCGGGCUUGACUGGCUCUGGUGCCAAGCUGGCCACGCCCGGGGCGCUCGACCUCGACCCCGACUCCACCUGCGAGGGCGAGGCUUCCGCCCUGGCGCUCUCCUCUCCCGCGGCUGCUGCGGCACAGGCCGCCACUGGGCCCGCCGACCAGCCGGACGGGGGCGCCGGCGCCCGCGCCGCGCCGCAGGGGGCGGCCGACCCCCCCGAGGGGGGCGCGCAGGCCUCCGCGCGAGGCCCGCCGCACCUGGGGCCAGGGGCGCACGCAGAGGCGCCCGCCGCCGCGGAGCUGGACGCGGAGCCUGGCGCGGAGCAGCUGUGCCAGCCGGCGCGCACCACCGACCACGACGAGGCGCCCGCCGCCGCGGAGCCUGGCGCGGAACGGGGCGCGGAGCUGGACGCGGAGCAGCUGUGCCAGCCGGCGCGCACCACCGACCACGACGAGGCGCCCGCCGCCGCCGCGGAGCCUGGCGCGGAACGGGGAGCGGAGCUGGACGCGGAGCAGCUGUGCCAGCCGGCGCGCACCACCGACCACGACGAGGCGCCCGCCGCCGCGAGCCUGGCGCGGAGCUGGGCGCGGGGCAGCCGCGCCGGCCGACGCCCACCACCGACUGCGACUUCCUGCCGGAGUCGGGGCCCCCCUCGCCCGAGGGCGCGCCGGCGAAGCCGCAGGCGCCUGCGGCUCCUCCUCCGGGCCGCGCGCAGGCGAGGGUACCCUCCUCUGCGCCCCCCGGCGCGCAGGCGGAGCUGCCGGCGGCCGCCGCCUCGCCACCGGGCGCGGGCAGGCGAGACGACGGCGACCGGAUUUUCCGAACGGUCGAGCUCUUGA